CAUGUAAAGAUUUCAAUUUAAUGUAUUAUUUUUUCCACUUUAGUGCUUACAAAAGCUAGAAAUAUCAUGUUUUCUGGCUCUGAGCUGAACAAUCAAAUUCUUUCAUUUGCUGGGACAGUUACUGGAUGGAGAAUCCAGGUCAAAGCCUAACAAUAAUAACAAUAGUAAACUGCCAGUAGCUCCAACACUGCGUAGAACAUGAAGGAAUGGGAGAGAAAUUAUAAAUGUAAGCAUUUAUCAACAUCUGCAAAACGGUUAUUUUCACUUUAAAUAACUCGCUUGAAAUUACUGUUAUCUGAUGAUUUUAAGAUACAAUAACUGAAACUCAGUAAGAUAUAAUAACUGAAACACAGCUUUUAAAGAAAAAAAUUCCCUUUUUACUGUUUUGACUCUUGAGUGUUUCAUCUGUUGGAUCCUGUCCCUGAAGAAAUCUGUGGAAAAUGUGAAAAUGUAUUCUCUUCUGAAUGACCUUUUAUAUGCAAAGGGAAAACUUUCCCUCUCUGGAUUGAUUAAAGUACAGGCUCAAGGCUUUCUCAACCCUUCAAGAGUGCCGUCACGGGCUCUGUGGAGGCCGCUGCCAUGCCGAUAGUAGCCCAGUCUUUUUCAAUUUUUUUUUAUUUUGGGGGAAGGGAGGUCAGGGAAAAAAAUCGAAAAGCAAGAAAGAGAUCAAGGAAGUCCUUACCAGAUUCCUAGGGGAGUAUUGCCAGUUGCCACCCCGCCCCCCUCAAGUCCUGAACCCCAUCAGCCUAUACUGGCCAGGGUUUUACAGAUCUUAAAAAUAGCCUCCCGAAAUCCAACCAAAUAAUGUCAUUUCUUCAACUUCCACAGCAUUGAGGAUUUUAAAGCUAAUUCAAGGAGUUUUACAAGCCCAACAAACAGUCAUAAAAAUGCCACUGGACCGACAUCACAUUUUACAAAACGAGAUUGAUCCUUGUGUUGUAAAAGUGAACUGUCUUGAAGGCACACCUCUCAGGCAAGAGACAGCAGCCCAGGACAGGCUUUUUGUGUCCUAUCCGGGAGCUGCCAGGCCUGGGACCACAGGAAAAGGGAUUCAGGAUUUCUGGAGCCUGUGAGAAAACUGUUCACUGUUCUGGAGCUACUGCCAGUGGCAGCCUCCGGGGUAGUCUUAGGAAGAGCAAGAAAGAGGACGCUACCCAUGACAGUGCCAGCAGACAGGCACCCCGGAAACCAAGCCCAUUAAUUACUGUCCAUCCUUGGGACCCGUCCAGCUGUUCUUGGUGCCCUGCUCCACCAGGAGCCCUGUGUCAUCAGUGCCUCUGGGAUGAGGAGGGAGAGUCCCCAUCUGGGUUUUCCUGUCCCAGCUUCUGAGCAGUUUGGGUGGCUUCGGAGAGUCCCGGGGUGCUAGAGGAGAGGCAGCAGUCAGAGCCCCGUCUCACAGCCGCUCCUCCGCAGGUCCUUUCUUGUUGAAACCUGUGGGUUCUGGUCUCUCUGUUCCCUGGGCUCAACGACUGGGUGUGCAGCUGGUGAGGAUACUUGCUUUGAGACCAAGUAGGCAUGAGCCAUUGCAGGGGAGCCCAUCUGUACCCAAAUAAGAUGUUGUUAUAUGUGGAAGGCAGGGGCAGCAGGAGGAGGCUGUGUGGCCUUGUCCUGGUGAGUGUGGGAUGAGCCUUUGGCUCUUUGCUGCCAGGCCCAGACCUCUGACUGAAGUGGGAAGGAGAGAAUGAGGGGGUCCAGCGUUCCCAAGCUUGCUAGUGAAGAGCAGAGGGAAGGCCUGGCUUCUCAGAACCCCUACUCCAGCUCAAGACCCCACACCCUCCAUGGGGGGGGAAGGGGAGGGGCAACUCGGUGUCAGGUCUGGACAGCAGGCCAGCAAGGAGCAAAGCCAUCGUGGUUGCCGCUUCUCUUAGCGGCAGGGUGGUCGGGUUUCCUGUUUGGAGGAGAAAAAAACCAGCAAAAUCCGACAAGGAAAAAAAAAAAAGGCAUGGGGGGUGCAGGAAAGAGCGAGCCUGACAGGGCCUUUCAGGCGGCCUGGGCGCUAGCGCUCCUGCCCGGGUCUGAUCUGCACGUCCCUGCCCGGGCCAGGCCGGCCGCUGGCGUUGGGGGAAAGAGCCGGGCGGGCUGGCUGUGCGCGCACAUUAAUCUGCUGGGCGGGCGGCGGCGGGCGGGCUGGGGGCUGUUUGUAACUUUGCUGCCUCGGUCGCCGCGGUCCCUGGGGAGCGGGCUCCGGCGCUCGCUCCCAUUGGCCGCCGCCGCGUCAGCUGGUGCGAUUUGCUGCUGUCGCUUUUGGCGUUCGGCCAUCCAGAAACAAACCAGUUCGAUGACUACUAAUAGUUAUAGCCAGAUGUACUAAUACACAACAAAUCACAGUCCUGCAGAGGGGCGCGCAAAUGAGUUCCUAUUUUGUGAAUCCCACUUUUCCCGGGAGCCUGCCCAGCGGCCAGGACUCCUUCCUGGGCCAGCUGCCCCUCUACCCGGCUGGCUAUGACGCGCUGAGGCCCUUCCCGGCCUCGUACGGGGCGUCGAGCCUCCCGGACAAGACGUACACCUCACCUUGUUUCUACCAACAGUCCAACUCGGUCCUGGCCUGCAACCGGGCGUCCUACGAGUACGGGGCCUCGUGUUUCUAUUCUGAUAAGGACCUCAGUGGCGCCUCGCCCUCGGGCAGUGGCAAGCAGAGGGGCCCCGGGGACUACCUGCACUUUUCUCCCGAGCAGCAGUACAAACCCGACAGCAGCACCAUACAGGGCAAAGCCCUCCAUGACGAAGGCACCGACCGGAAGUACACGAGCCCUGUUUACCCCUGGAUGCAGCGGAUGAACUCCUGUGCGGGUGCUGUGUACGGCAGCCACGGGCGCCGAGGCCGCCAGACCUACACGCGCUACCAGACCCUGGAGCUGGAGAAGGAGUUCCACUUCAACCGCUACCUGACGCGGCGCCGCCGCAUCGAGAUCGCCAACGCGCUCUGCCUCACCGAGCGCCAGAUCAAGAUCUGGUUCCAGAACCGCCGCAUGAAGUGGAAAAAGGAAAAUAAACUCAUCAAUUCCACGCAGCCCAGCGGGGAGGACUCUGAGGCAAAGGCGGGCGAGUAGACGUCUGGGCA